AUGAUAGCUGAAACUACUGAACAGAUAAAGAAGAUUCGUAGUCGAAUACUUAUAGCCCAAAGCCGUCAGAAGAGCUAUGCUGAUCAAAGGCGGAAGCCUUUGGAAUUUAAAGAAGGGGAGCAUGUCUUUCUAAAAGUUACACCAACCACUAGAGUAGGAAGAGCUAUUAAAACUAAGAAACUGAAUCCCCGGUAUAUUGGGCCGUUUGAGAUCCUAAAAAGAAUUGGGCAAGUGGCUUAUAGAAUUGCCUUACUGCCGUAUUUUUCGAACUUACACGACGUGUUUCAUGUAUCACAGCUUCAGAAGUAUACUCCUAACGCAAGUCAUGUUCUGAAACUAGAACCGAUUCAAGUAAGAGAAGAUCUAACACUUCCAGUAAUUCCGGAUCCAAUUAGCUUGAGGAAAACGUUCACUCAUGCUUAUGUGAAGUUUGGGUAA